AGAGGCGUUUCUACAUACUUGAUAUGUUAUGUCAAUGUGACUUCAUGAGUGAAAGUGCCCUCAGCUUUAUCGGACACAGUUUGUUUGAGCGUCAAGUUGUUGCUGUGUAUUGGAACUCGCUUACUAGGAAUAAUGUCGGAGUGCAUCAAAAACGUCGCGAUAUUUGGAGCCACGGGAAUGACCGGACUGGCGACCCUUCCGCAAGCAGUGGCUGCAGGAUACAAUGUAACGCUGCUGGUGCGGGACCCUGCUAAACUGCCUGCUGACCACAAGGCGUCCAGAGUGGUGGUGGGAGACGUACUUAAUAAAGAGGAUGUGAAGAACACCAUGGAAGGCCAGGACGCAGUUAUCAUCAUCCUGGGCACCAGGAAUGACCUCAGCCCGACCACCAUGAUGUCUGAAGGCACCAAGAACAUUAUUGAAGCCAUGAAGGCUCGUGGGAUCAGCAAAGUGAUCGGCUGCAUGUCAGCCUUCCUGUUGUGGGAUCGCUCCAAAGUCCCACCCCGUCUGGUUCCUGUGACAGAGGACCAUGACAGAAUGUACACAGUGCUGAAAACAUCGGGGCUGGACUACGUGGCCGUCAUGCCUCCUCACAUUGAUAACGACCUUCCUCUGACAGAGAAAUACAUGGCGACGGAGAACAUGCUAAAAGGAAGAGCCAUCUCCAAACACGACCUGGGACACUUCUUCGUCAAGUGUCUGUCCACAUCAGAGUGGGAUGGCAAGACUGUAGGAGUGUGGGGAGAGUAUAAAUAGUCCUGGACAACACAUCACUGAUGCCCUCUGGACAGCGAGGGGGUUUAAAUCUCUUCCUGUCACUGAUUGCCAUUCAUAAUAUCUACCAAAUCACACUCAGGAGAAUUUUUAUUUUUUUUUAUGCUGAGAUUUUGAGUUAAUAAAGAACUAAUGAUUCAAACUGCGAGUGUGUUGUCAUAAACAAGGAUGCUUCCCUGUGUUAACCUUUAUAAUCACUACCGGGCAGCUUUUGCUUGGCAUUUUAUAUUUUUAUACUAAUUUCGAUUUUAUUAUCAGCUGCAACUGAGUGCUGAAUCUGUACUGCUGCUUCAGCUGUAGCUGUUCACAUUGCUUUACAUUAGAAAAUGUCUUUAUACAUUAACAAUUUUUACAUAUUGAAUGAUUCGUUUCCUAUCAGUGAACAUGUCUUUGUUGAUGCCCCCUGCUGCUGCUCUGGUGUACAGCAGAUCCUUUUUAUAGCUGUUAAAAAUAAAUGACUUUAUUGUGCAAAA